AUGCCGAAGAUGAUAUUGCUUCUUCUAGCUGGAGAUAGCCUUGGUAAUACAACUGUAUGGGAUGUUAACACUCAUAUAUGCAUACACAUUCUCUCAUCUGAUACUACUGAAAUAAGUACUAUGUCUUCCUGUGGUCCAUAUGAUUUUGUUACAGGAAGUAUAAAUGGUUCGUUGCACUGUUGGCGUUUAGAUCUGGAAUUUUUCAGCAAUGAACAAGUUUCGACCAGUCAGUAUGAUUCAUUCAACAGAAGCAGUAUUGGUCAUAGUCACAUUAGUAGGAUAAAACAAGUUAAUGUAAAAUUGAUUAAAUCGAUUUAUCAAUUUGAUCAAGCUACAAUUUUGUCAUCAUGCUUUGAUUUAGAAGGACAAAUUGGCGUUGUUAGUACAAGUAACUGUAAUUUAUGGUUUGUGGACUGGUCUGAAGUUGAAGCAGACUCUAACCAACACAAUUCACUGUUGGCAGAUUCAAUCUUAGAAGAACAAAAUGGUGUAACAGUGUUAAGUUGUGGACAUAAAACACAAAUUACAGGAUUAGCAUGGUGGUUAAAAUCUGAGCAGCAGUUAGUCCAUGAUUACACAGAUCAGGUCUUCAACACUGACUUAACUCAUAUGAAUUACAUACUAGUCACAUGUUCAUUGGACGGAAGUGUACGUCUUUGGAAUCCAGAAACGCGUCAACUAAUUUCCGAGUUACAGAUUAAUGAAUCAAUUCGAAAUUCAGACAAAUCUAUUGGUGCAGUUAACUUGUGCAUAUUAAACUAUCCUGGUGUGAUGUGUUCUGGAUUAGAAAUCAACUCAAAUGAUAAAUCGACAUCAUUUAAUGAAGGUGAACAGUGUGGAAAAUCACCAGGUUGUUUGGCUGUUGGUUACACUGAUACAAGUGUACGAUUAUUUUGCUUACAUAAGAUGUGUAUUGUCAGCCAGUGUGAAUCAAUAUUUCCACAGUUGGAUGAUCAAAUUACGGCACUAAGCUUUUGUAGUCCAUAUUACCUAAUUGUUGGAACAAAAAAUGGUCUACUUAUUUUAUUAUCACUUACCGUUGAGGAUAAAAGUGAAUUGAAUACUAACAACAUAGAGAAUGAGAAACCUCAGCCAAUUGUAAUAAAACGAAUUAUGAAAGAUCAUUUAGUAUUUAAUCAAACCCCUACGCCAAUAUAUUGUUUAGACACCUAUUCAAAAGCUUUAUCAUAUAAUUAUUACUUGAAUAAAUUACAAGAUAAAAAGUAUUCCACUAGCCUGAUAUCUAACAGUUGUACAAAAUGGAAUUCAUGGAAGUUGGAGGUGGAGGAAUAUAAACAAUCUCAGUCGUGGAUAUGCCUUGCGAUUGGCGCAGAAAAUCGUUUAAGUGUUUGGAAUUUAUCAAUUUGUUCAAAUAAGUGUCAUAAUCCACUACGAUUUUACUUAAUUGGUUGGUUACCACUGGAAUUAUUACAAUGGAAUAAUUCUAACAAUAAUAAUACUAAUCAUGACAAUACAAACAAUAGUGUUAAUAAAAACGAAGCUGAUGAAGUUUCCUUUCAUGCAAUGUUUUUGCCGUUAAAAGAUUUAAAACAUACGUUGGGAUUACUGAAUUAUGAAAAUAAUCAAACCAUACAUGAUAAGCAUAUCAAUCCUUAUAUCCUAAUUUAUGGAUCAUACACUUCGACAGAUAUAACAUACCUCUGGAUAUAUUCAAUGGAUGACUUGAUUAAGACUCAAUCUAAGCCAUUAUCAUGGUUACAGAUAAGCGGAAGAGUGGAAUUAAUUAGUCCUGUGUUCAUAUGUCCACCUACUACAACGACUAAUGACACAAAUAAUAAACUUUUACCAGAUUUACAUAUGAUUCUACUAACAUCCCAAGAAAAUCGAACUGAAAUACUAGUAUCAAAGUUCUAUUCAAACGGUUUACUAACUAAAUGGAGAAAAUAUAUUGGACCUCAACGCGUACCUGAUAAUGGCAUGAAGGAUGUGCAUGCUCAACAUUCUAUCAGAUCUUUUCCUUUAAUGAAAACUACUAUUACAUCGGAAAAAGACAAACUAUACAUUGCUGCAGCUUAUGGUAAAGAAUUGAUGAUAUUGGAAAUGCCUAACACUCAAGAAAACAAUCCGUUACUCAAUAACUAA